GUAGUGUAUAUUGAUGUCAGAUCUAAACAAUAAACCGAUUGAGGUUUCACCAAUAAUAGUCUAUAACCUAAAAAUAAUUACAAAGAUUGAAUCAGGCAACCAUAUUAGGUAUUGAAAAGAAGAAAGACAAAGACAGAGUGGAAUGAGAGACAGAUCUCAGACGCUGAGCUGAAAGAUGGAGUUUACAUCUUCAGCAAAAGCAGGAAGCAGUGUCAAGAGCGCAAGAUUGCUGGAAUUGAUCUGCCCAUUCGCUUGCGUCAGUAUUCGAUGAGAGACGAAAUAGAAAGUAAAGCACCUCCUAUCUUUGGCAUCAGGGGGUUUAAAUCAGAAAGAGCGAGAGAGAGAUGCAGUAAAAAGAGGAGGACGUGGCUAAACAGCACAUCACGCAUACUGUAAAAUGCUAUUAGCCCACUAUACAAGGACUCUAGCAUCAAUGUAUUUUUUUACAAGUGUUACAUGCAGGCAUAUGUAAAUCCGCAAAAUCACAACGGAUCUGGGGAAGUUAGCUUAAGGUCUUAGGAAACAGGUCUUAGGAAAACUUAGGUCUUAGCUAAACCUUAGAUUUUAGGAACCCCCCCCCCAAGAGGCCCAUCAUGCCGGAGCAGAGCAACGACUACCGUGUGGUGGUGUUUGGGGCCGGCGGCGUGGGCAAGAGCUCCCUGGUCCUCCGCUUCGUCAAGGGCACCUUCCGGGACACCUACAUCCCCACUGUGGAGGACACCUAUCGUCAGGUGAUCAGCUGUGACAAGAGCGUGUGCACCCUCCAGAUCACCGACACCACGGGCAGCCACCAGUUUCCCGCCAUGCAGCGCUUGUCCAUAUCCAAGGGCCACGCCUUCAUCCUGGUCUACUCUGUCACCAGCCGCCAGUCCCUGGAGGAGCUCAAGCCCAUCUACCAGCAGGUGCUUGCCAUCAAGGGCAGCGUGGACGCCAUCCCUGUCAUGCUGGUAGGCAACAAGAGUGACGAAACCCAGCGUGAGGUGGAGACCACGGAGGGUGAGGCGCAGGCUGCAGCAUGGAAGUGUGCCUUCAUGGAAACCUCUGCAAAGAUGAACUACAACGUCAAAGAGCUCUUCCAGGAGCUGCUCACCCUGGAGAAGAAGAGGAACAUGAGUCUGAGCAUCGAUGGCAAGCGCUCCGGCAAGCAGAAGCGUGCCGACAAGCUCAAGGGCAAGUGCAGCAUCAUGUAGGGAGGGAGAGUUGAUGCCUGACCCUUAGAACGAAAGACUGGAGUUGGGGAGGGUGGUGGUGGUGGUGCAAAGUGUAGAUGUUCUUGAAGAGAGACACUUCGAGGAAUGGAGGGAAGGUAGGGGUGGGACAGGGCUCGUCUGAGAGGGGUUAUUUUAUCCCAACAGAGGUGACCC